UUUUCCACCAACUUUUGUCAACUCCUCAAGUUACACUGGAAGGAAAGUUAAAUGUCAUGAUGAUCAAAAGGAACACUCAUCAAGUCAUGUGACUACAGGCCCCGACCAAUAGUACGCCCGUGAAACCAAGACCACAACUUCCUGUGUGGGACUUUAUGACAAGGCGUGUGGGAGGGGGCUGCUCACUGCCAGCAGCUGUUGAGCUCACCCUGGGGCCCCGCCCACCCACACUAAGGCCCCGCCCCUUAAAGUCUGGCUGCCCUGGCAGCUGCUGAGCGUCUCAGAACUCUUGUCCAAAUUCUCAAGACUGAAGGAGCGGAACCAGAGGUGCCCGCCCACACCCCACUUAUGUGGCGCCAGUCAACGCAGGGGGCGGAGUCGUACGCAGCAAGGCGGUGCUGCUGAUGGCGACCCGCAGGCGUGUGGUGCUAGGCGGCGUGACGGCGGUGUCGCUGCUGUGCAUGUACGUGCUGUGUGGGAACCUGCAGACGCCACUCAAACAUUUGGGGUCAUGGCGGUCACUCAGCAGCCAAUCGCAGCGUCUUGACCAGAAGGGCAACAUGUCAAGCCCCGCCCCCUCGCCGACACACGAGCAUGCUGUUACCCCGCGCACGCCCUCGCCAGCUGGCCAUCAAGAUGGUGUGGAAACAACAACUACAAGCACUUCUGCGUCGCCGCCUCGCCGGGAGGCCACGCCCACUGAAGACACUUUCAUUGGCGACGCCUACAUGAGUGUAGACGUCCCGCCUCUAACUGACUGCCCGGGCGGCAUUCGGAGCCGCGUGGCAAAGACGGAAUUCGCCGGGCGUUUCCUGACGAACAUUCCGGUGCUGCAGUGGUCCGAAGACGCCACGCGUGACCAGCACCGCCGCCUGAGCCGAUACACGGGAGCGCAGGGCUGGGCGGGCAUCGACUUUGACGCGCUGGCAGAGACGCUGGCAGCGCUCAACUCGUCCGCCAACCGCAUCAUGACGGACGACUGGAAGUGGCGGCGUGCGGCGUCCCGCUGCAUCCGCUGCGCCGUGGUGGGGAACGGCGGGAUCCUGAAGGACUCCAAGAAAGGCCCUGAGAUCGACCAGCACCACUACGUCUUCAGGACCAACGGCGCCAUCACGGCGGGCUUCGAGCAGGACGUGGGCGCUCGGACCACCCACUACACCUUCUCCACCAACACGCUGGUCAACUCCCUACGAAGCUACGCCGCCCUCGGGUACCGAGGCCCGCCGCGCUCUCAGGAGACACGCUACGUUUUCCUGCCGGACCACGACCGCGACUAUCUGCUGGUGAAGGCGGCGGCCACGCACGGCGCCGUGCAGCGUGGGCCCGAGCGCGGCCAAGACCCAUCACGCUACUUCGGUGAGGACGUGUCGGCCGCCAAGCUGAAGAUGUACCACCCCGAUUUCAUCCGCUACCUCAGGAACAGGUUCCUCCCGUCCGACACGCUCAGAAGCAAGUACAGGAACCUCUACCGCCCCUCCACCGGCGCCGUCAUGCUGCUGGCCGCGCUGCACACCUGCGACCAGGUGAGCGCCUACGGCUUCAUGACGCCCGACUACUCCAAGUACUCGGACCACUACUACGACCGCCACUAUCACGCCGUGGGCUUCUUCCUCAACCACGACCUGCGCCUGGAGAUGCACCUGUGGCAGCAGCUGCACGCCGUCGGUCUCAUCCGCCUCUACACGCGCUCCUGACCCCGCCUCUACGCGCGCUCUGACCCCGCCUCUACGCGCGCUCCUGACCCCGCCUCUACACGCGCUCCUGACCCCGCCUCUACGCGCGCUCCUGACCCCGCCUCCACACACACCUUCGACUGCAGUAACCAUGGUAACAGCCUCGCUGAGCCAGUCUGGCGGCCAUCUUGGAUUGUUUCCUAUGACCACUCCCCUCCCCUUAUUGCACAUAACCAUGGCAACCAUUUCAACCACUAAGCCCCGCAAAGUGUCUUGUUGCUAGGAUACCACUGACCUCCAGCCUGAAUAAUGUUUUUACAAAGUGUCUUCAAAAUAAUGUUGACUGGAAACUUUGUUGUCUUCUUUUCAAUUGUGUUCCUCAUUUUUUUAAAUAAAUUGACUAACUAUGCUUCUUA